AUUGUCAUGAUGGCAAUACCGUCUUCUCAGUGCGGGUUCUCCCACUGGAAAACGAUGCCGCGCUGAAGAAUCCCCUUCGCUCUGCACGACAGCGCUAACCUUCGAAGUGCACAGCUGGUAGCCUUCAGAGGCCAGCUUACUAUGUAUUCCUCCUUCUCACCGUCAGCAACACCACCUGCACAAAGAAAAGAGCGUGGAAUGUACGGACACCAAGUCUCCCACCGGACCAAAAGACUCGCCGUGGUAACCCUGUUACUGUUAAUAACAUGCUUGAUCUGGUUGGCAUCGCGUCGCGACGACGGCUACCGGUGGGAGGCCAGCUCGCAACGACCCGCAGCACCCUUCCUCAGCACCCAGCGCUUGAGCACCGACGACAAGAAUGCAAAACGGGGCCCGCGCAUCGCCAUCGUGACAUUCAUCACGAGUCAAAAAUCGUACAUCCAUCUCUCCUUGAGGAAUAAAGCGCACUACGCCCGCGCCCACAACUACACCCUCAUCGUCGACUACGAGUCCCACGCCAGCCGGGGCACGACGUGGAAAAAGUUCGACAUGAUCGAGGACGUCGUCCGCGCCGGCACGCACGACUGGGUCUGGUGGCUCGAUUUCGACACGCUGAUUACGAACACGACGAUGGCGGUUGCGGAUGUGAUUGAGGAGGCGUUGGGGGAUGCGACGGCGACGGGGAUGGAUCCGGGGGAGGUGGAUUUCUUGGUGACGGAUGAUUGCAACAACCUCAACGACGGCUCCUUCAUCGCGCGCUCCUCCCCGCGCACCGUCGCCACCCUCGACGCCAUCCGCGCCCUGCACGAUCGCGAAAAGUCCAAAGGCAACGACCUCAACGACCAAGACGCCAUGCGCGACUUCCUCCGCACCGACGACCCCCUCGUCAAGCACACGCUGCGCAUCCCGCAGUGGAAGAUUAAUGCGUUCCCCGAGGAGAUCAAGUGCUAUGAUGGGAGCGGCGUGGGGUGGGCGCGCGGAAUGUUACUUGUGCAUUUCGCUGGGGCUUGGGCCCAUGUGGAAGGUGAGGAUCCGACGGGUGAGUUGAUGAGGAAGUAUGAGAGGGAGAUUAUUUGGGGGGAGGUGCCGGAGGGGUGAGUGAUGCUGGAGAUUUUGCUGGUAUUUAGAUAGAGGUGGUAUAUGUUUAUAUCAUGAAUUAUGACUUUC